UGUGUUUACUUAUUCCUUUUCAUUAUCUAGUUAUUCGAGUUUUCAACAUAAUAGUAUGUGUUUUAUAGUUUAUACAUUGUUUAUUAAGGAUUACGUUUUUCCAUAAGUAUUCCAAAUAUACAUUCUAAAUUUUUAACUGCCUACAUAAAAUAUACAUGAGUAUAUUGAAAUCAUCGUGAUUUGGUUAAUGAAGUGGUAUGUAAAUAUCGUCAUCGCAUUUCACGUGGUCGUAAUUUGUUACAGUUUUCAAAAUGUUAAAUGAAUCAGAGUUGAUAACACAUUUCGAUAGUAUUUACCGUUCAGCCGAAGUACUAGCUUUGAAGAGAGUUUGUGAAAUUCAAAUUCCAAUAUGCAAUUCUCUCACUCAACUUACCUCAACAGAUUGCCUUAAAUUGAUGAAAAAUGAAUUGGAUAAAUGGUCCAAAUUUAAAGAAUCAUCUGUGGAAAGAACACUUAUAUUUUAUUUAAUAACAGAUUAUAUAGGCUGUGGAUUAUCUUCUCCAGAGUUUCAUACUGUAUUUCAUAAGUAUUUAAAUACAGAACCUUCAAAGAUAAAAUUUUUAAAAGAUUUAUUAAAAAUUUGGGAUAGUUCAUUCAACAAUUAUAAAAUUCCAAAUAUUGAUUUUAUUAAAAAUUUAAUGGUCAGUUUGGAGCAUAUUUUUUUAAAGAUGUCAACUUUAGUUCCCGAUGAUCAUAUCAAAUUUAAAUGCAAUAAAGUUAUGGAUAAAAUUAACUAUUACAUUAAAGAGUAUGAAAAAAAUAUUUUAGAUAAUCAUACUUUAAGUAAUAAUAAUAUGCAACAACUAAUUACCUGUGACAAGAAUAGAGUUUUAGGCAUUGAAAACAUAGUUCCAAAAGUAUCUGUUAAAUCUGAAGUGAAUUAUUCUAUCAAAAAUCUUGUUCAACAAAAUAAACGAAAAAAAGAAGUAAUGGAAAAAAGUAUAGAGCAUAAUAUAAUUUUAAAUAAUUUACCACAAAAAAUUAAUAUGAAUCUUCAAAAACAUAACUCGGAAACUUUGAUUGACCACCAUUUUACUAAGAAACCAAAAUUAAUGCCAAGUGAUGUACUAAAUAGGAGUACCACAACAGAUCCUGACAUCAUUACAAUAGUACCUCAUGAACAAAAGAAGCUCAAUGCUUUUCAAAUAAUGAUGUUCAAUGCUAAAAAACAAAAAACAAAAUCGAAAUAAAUUUACAUAUUAUUAUAUUUUAGUUUUUAUACAAUUAUAAAUUUAGUA